AUGCGGCAGGAGUCCUUCCCAAGCGAUCGCGAGCCCGGCUCGUCAGCGCGAGGCGUUGGGCGGCUGCCGUUGCCGAAGCACUUGCGGCAGAAGGAGGAUGCGGCAAUUGCCCCAGCACCAAACGCCGAGGAGAUCGGAGCUAAACGGCACAGAGAGCAGGACCCUGACUCGCCGAUGGGGCAGCUUGGCCCUCCACUCAAGUUCGCCGCGAAGGGGGCGAAAGGUCCGACGCUUGAAGGUGGUGCCACGGGCAAAUCCACUCCGAAAGGGCAAGGGAAACACGCGGAUGCCGGCCCUCCGGAGCCGAGCCACCUGGCCACGCCCUUCAGCCGUUUUUCAACCAAGGGGAUGCCUGGCAAGCACGCUCCUCAAGAAUCCGGCCACCCUGACGAAGGCGGCCGGAUGACUGGCAAAGGCAAGGGAAAAGAGCAGACGCCGGCGGGCUCUGACAGAGGCAAAGGGCAAGCACGGUCAGACAGCGCUGGUUCUUGGUCGCAGAAGUCUGCUGGCAAAGGCAUCGUGGCAGCGGAGGCAAAGACGCCGCCACCGCCUGCUAUGGUCAAGGCGCAGAUCCUGGCACCCCCACCGGCAUUGCAAAAGAGCACUUCGACGUGCACAGCAGGUACCACUGGCAAGGCCGGUUCUGUCGCAGGCCCACCUGAGGGAUUGCUGGCCAAGGCACCUAUGCCUGCUGUGCCGCUACCCCCGCCGAGAUCUCUGCAGCAGAAGGAGGAUGGGCCAGUUGCCUCUGCACCACAUGCCGAGGACCAUGUCGGCAGCAAAAGGCGCAGAGAGCAGGAUUCCGGCAAGGGGCCGUCACUCCGGCAAGGGGAACCUGAUCCAUCGAUGGGGCAAGGUCCCGUGAGCAAAUUCGCCAUGAAGGGUGCAAAAGGUCCAGCACAAGAAGUUGCGGCCAUGGGCAAGUCUGCACCCAAAGGCGGCCCUCCUGCUGACCCUAGCCAUGCCAGUGCAUCUGCCAGCCGCUUUUCGACAAAGGGGCUUCCUGGCAAGCGCGGCCCUGAAGAUUUUGGUCACUUUCAUGACCAAGGAGGCCGGACGGCGAGCAAGUGGCACGCACCUGCAGAUGUGGGCAAAGGCAAGGGACAACAACGGCCUGAGGGCGGCAAACCCGGUGGCUGCGCAGCACGGAAGUUCUCCGGCAAAGGAGCCGAGAGGUAA